AUGGCUGCAUUGUUCGAUUGCGGCAAUGGGUCAGCACUCUCGGCCCAGAUGCAUCCUUUCUUCCAGAGAAGAGCACCUUAUGGCCAUGCUCACUCCGACCCUCGAUUCGAUACCCCGAGACGGCUCGAUGGCAAUACUCAUCCAGAUGGUAACACGGCCAACAGCACACCUUCGGACAUGCCACCGCCGCCGUAUUCAUAUAAUACACCCGAAGUCGUCUCGGUGUUUCAGUGCCACCCAAUGACUUCCACAUACCUUCAGUCUGAGGGAGCGCCUCAGGGUAUCUCCGACGAGAGCCAUAUGGAUGAUGAGCACAGGAGGGCCAAACGCAGGAAGAUGUGUCCAGAGGCCGAUGCGCCACAAUUCGAAUCUAGCAGCACCAAGCAAUCAUGGCAAACCCAACUUGAAGACGCCGCGAUGCAGGCUCCGGGAUCGGGUCAGAGCCAGAUAGAAGGUCAUGAUAACAUGGACACACUGCCAGAAUAUCCUCAAGCCCAUGUGAACAAUACAUGGUCUGGCCCUGGACCAUUGAACAUGGACCCGUAUCUGGCGUCACUGGCACAGGCACCAUACCCAACGGUUGAAUUCUCGGACGCUCCCAGGCACGAUAUCGUAGUUGAGAACAGCAUACCAACGGAGGACGCGAAGACGGCGAGGUCUGAUGAUCCGCCAACGGUCACUAGUACUCUCAAGACCUCGGUAAGACGCUCUCCAAGGACGAAAAGAACCGACGUAGAUCGAUUGGAUAUGCCGAGGAGAGUUGCACGCCAGGGCAAGAAGGUCGAGAUGAAAAAUGGAAAAUUUGUGUCCACUCUCCGAGUCGUUCUGACCUAUGGCGACAAGGAAGCAGGUCAGAGGAUUGAUGAAAUACUCUCAGCAAAGCCAGCAAAAGCCUCUAUCACGACAGUGCCGCAAGACACAGCCAAAAUUGUGACUGAGAAGAAAGCUACACACCCUUUCUUUCUCGGCAAAACUACCGCCAACACCGAUAAAUUGCCAUCGGUUAAGAGCGAAAUGUCUUCUCUUGCGCCAGCAUCAGAAGACGAAACGGCAACUACAAAGGCGCCCAAACCGUGGAAAGACAUUGUGUUUACGACUAAAAAGACCUCCCCAGACAAAUCAAUCAACCUCUUGCCCAGCCUUUGGCCACCAACUUCGCUACAGCGGAUACAGCCUGAAUGCCCUUUGCUGUACGUCCCGACUACACCGAGCAGCGUUGUAGCCGUGCCCAAAUCCAAACAACGUGAUUUCAUUAUACCAGUGGAUGAGGACGCUCUGCGCAUUUGUGCAGAGCGACUUAAGGAAGCCACAGAUCUUUCAACCUCGGUCGAUGUGCCGACCCGGAGGAUCAUGAGUGGGAAAGAGCUCUCCCUGACUCUCGACUGUCACGCCACUACAGCAUAUGGCAGUAUCGCUCGUCUAGAAACAUUGAGGCAACCUCUUAUCAAACGGAUUCAAACCAGACCCAGUCCUUUCGAACUAGGUAAAGCUGCCGGUCCGCACUUAUGGCCUCAAGAAUAUGGCCCUACUUGUUGGCAGGAAGUUCUUCAGGAACAGAGCCAAGUACUAUAUGACUGGCUUAGCAAUUUGCAGGUGCACCAUGUUCAGACAGGUGCGCAGAUGCUAAAGACGAAGCCAACCGCCAAGAAGAGACGGAAGAGGAAAACGGAUGAGCUGGAUGACUUUAUUGCCCAUUCUGAUGACGAUGAAGAUCAGAGCUUAGCUUCACAUGGGAAGAAUGCCAUUCUAAUAGUGGGGCCUUGUGGUUGUGGAAAGACUGCAUCCGUCUACGCCAUUGCCCAACAACUCGGCUUUGAGGUCUUUGAAAUGCAUCCAGGUAUGAGGCGUAGUGCCAGAGACAUUCAGGAGAAGGUCGGCGACAUGACACAAAAUCACCUUGUUCAACAAGCUGAUACACAAAGUCGAAGAUCAAGUGUGUCCUCGGCAGCUCCAGAAACCUCUCUUCUGCCAGAAGCGUCAUCGACAAACCAAACAUCCAUAGCGAGUCUCUGGGGAAUGUCAAAACCAUCAAAGCAGAAAGGAACGACAGACAACAAUAAGCAGGAGAACAAAGUGCGAUCACAAAAACAGUCACUAAUCCUAUUUGAAGAGGUCGACAUCCUUUUCGAAGAAGACAAAGGAUUUUGGUCUGGUGUGCAGUCUCUUAUCAGCAGCUCGAAAAGACCAGUCAUCAUGACUUGUAAUAGCCUUGAGUCUGUUCCACUUGACGACCUCGAUAUUUUUACGGUCCUAGCUUUCGACAGACCUGAACCAGUCCUUGCUGUUGACCAGCUGCAAUGCAUUGCAGCCGCUGAAGGCCACCUACUGAGCAGAGAAUCAAUUGAGAAACUAUACGCCAGCAAAGGGCAUGAUCUCCGUGCAUCUAUAACUGAGCUCAAUCUCUGGUGUCAGAUGACGGUAGGGUCAAGGCAAGGUGGUCUCGAUUGGAUGCUCCCACACAAUACGAAGUCGGGAUCGAGUCAGGACGACUCUGUCCUUCGUAUCAUAAGUCAGGAUACCUAUACUCCCGGACUUGACCUGUUGCCCACUGAAUAUGGUGACAUAGAAGACACGAUCCGUCUCGCGCAAGACGGUCUAGGAGUUCCGGCAGUCGAUUGGAUCCGAGGUGGAAUUCCUGUCGAGGACCCCAAUGGUCGUCGCCUCAAUACACUUGACGCCAUGCUCUCCAUUUCUGAAGCAAGGAGUGCUAUGGACCUGCUUAGCGCCUAUACGUCCCCUACAGUGGCCGCUAUCAUAGAGAUCGCGUCAGGUGGUGGAAAGAGGGUAAACCCCAGGGAGAAAGCUUUUGAAUUGGUCGUCGAGCGCCUGACGAAGAAACACAUUUCCAGACUGGACGUGACUGACGCCUUUGAGAUGUUGAUGGAAGACUACAGGAUCGCAUUACCAAUGGCACCAGGUCGGAAGGCACCUUCACUGGACAACGCCGCUCAGUCCGUAGUGACCGAUGUAGCGCCAUACGUGCGAAACAUCGUUUCACACGAUCAGAGGCUAGAACAGAUCCGUAACGAACUCAGCGGUGGGCCACAAGUCAAACGACAACGCAAAACCCGAGCGGCGAGAGCUGCGUUGGAAGGUGGAAAUAAGGGCACUACUCGACGUGAUAGGUGGUUUCCGGAUGGUCUCGAUUUCUCGGCGGUUCUUGCGACGGGAAAUGCAUGGCCUCAGUUGGGAUCAGAGGAGUCAUAUUCUGGGCCGGAUACACCGUCCUCAUCCAUGGCCACUGACCUGGAUGGCGAUGUUGUGGGCCAAGGUCCGGGUUAA